AUGUUGAAAAUCAUUGUGCAAAACUCCAUCAGCAAGGUCGUCUUGCUCGACGUAGUCCAGAAUGUUCAAACUGGAGUUUUCGUCCCACUUCAUCUGAACCGUAUCAAGCUUCCCGAUGACUUAAUUCGCCCUCAUGAGGUACCGGAAGGUUUCAAAAGCUAUUAUUUAAAAGAAGCUCCACCUCGUCCACCCAGUUCUCUACCACCGCCUGGUAGUAUCACACUUGAAACCAACCUCAGCACAUUCCUUGGAAGCGGUCGUACUGGAAUAGUGUACUCUCUCGAAAACGCCGUCCUAUCGGAUUCCACUCACUUCUUGCCAGAGCUUGUGUUCAAGUUUGCCCGCUUACAUCGUUGCGCUGACCUCCACCGCGAGGCGUGGUUUUAUGAAGAAAUGGAAUGUCUUCAAGGUGUUGCUAUUCCGAGAUGCUACGGUCUAUUUGAAGCAGAAAUUCCGUCUGGCUGUGAAUUGCUACUGCCCGAGAAUCAAACACUCGUCAAUAAUCCAGAUUCUAGGGAUGCUCAAGUUGAUCAAGUUGUGCAUCCUUUGAUCACAGAGCUGCGCUCUACACGAAACAAAUUAUGUAUCUUGGUUGAGGAAAGAUUGGGUGGCCACUUGUCCAUCGGCUCGCCCGUCUCUCCGGAACUUCGUGAGGACUUGAAUACACUUUUCGAGGAGAUUGGCCAUCUUGGGGUUCUUAGUGAGAACGACAUCCGAUACGCGAACAUUUUACAAGCUCCAGCUUGCCCUCCUGGCCUCCCAAGCCUUGUCUCUCCAUUCACAUUUCGUACGCAUGGGUGGCGUAUGAUUGAUUUCGAGAUGGCAGCCAAAACACAACAAACUGCCCGAGCGUUGGCUAUUGGCCACCAGGAAUACCUUGAGUAUAUUCUGGAUGCUCUCGAAGCAGGAUAUGUAUGUGAUGUGGGCGGGUCAGAUUGA